AUGGCAGCGUCCUGUAAUGAAAGCACGGGGACUCCGCUUAGAUCUCCCGUGGGGACACCGGGGAAGGUCCGAGAGCUGAUCAACGAGGGGAUAGUGAGCGAGGAGCGCUGCAGUGAUAGCAGGAAGGACAACAGUUUCUCGUCGGAUGGAAACCACAGCUUUGAUGCUUCAGCUGAUGUUGACACUUUGGAAGCUACAAGCAAAGAAGCUUUUUUCACCAGGGUGGAAUCCUUCUCUUCUCUGAAAUGGGCUGGGAAACCUUCAGAGUUAUGUCCUCUAGCUUGUGCCAAGUAUGGAUGGACAAACAUUGAAUGUGAUAUGCUGAAGUGUUGUAGCUGUAAUGCCUACCUGUGUGCCAGGCUGCAGCCAGCCUUGGAUAUCAAUAAGUAUAAGCAGCGCUGUGUGGAGUUACAAGAAGAACUAAAGACCUCUCAUGAAAAGUUCUGCUUUUGGCCAGACAGUCCUAGUCCAGAUCACUUCUGGGCUCUUCUAGUAUGUGAACCAUCAUCUGUGCUCAGUGACUUUAUUGACCGUUUUCAAAACCUUUGUCGAUUAGAGUUGCAGCUUCCAGCUCUCAAACAGGACGACUUGAAAAGUAUGGAUCUCAGUGAAGAAACUGUAAUUCUACUCCUGCGGUUGAUUGAGGAUGAACUGAGACCUGUAGAAGGGAGACAGAAUGCUACACAAAGCUUGAUCAGUGACUCUCUGCAAAUCCACAUCUCUGCCUGUAUUCUAGCUCUUUGUGGAUGGAACAACAGACCUUCAUCUGGAUCCUUACCUCUGUCAAUCAUAAAUUGUCCCCGUUGUAUGAGGAAGAUUGGAUUGUGGAGCUACCAGCAGCUGGAGUCUGUGGAUUUGGACAGUUCCUUUGGACCACCUAGUACUCCAGUAUCUCCAGGGGAGGGUUAUGGUGAUAGAACACCUUUGGGACUGGUGUCUCCCAACAGAAGGGUCACUAGAAGCAAAGAUAUUGAACAGAGUCCUUUGGCAGCUACCACCCAACCACUCAGUGGAAGUUCUACAGGAUCAUCGGAAUCAGAUGCUGUGCGGAGCCGGCCAGUGACCCGUAGCAUGGGACAUGGGGACAACCCAGGAGUGACAUCUGAAGUCCAAUCCAGUCCUCAUCGUAAAGCCAAACGUCCCAGGCUCUGCUCCAGGAGCAGUAUAGAUUCUUCUCCCAAGGGCUGCUUUGAUCCACUGAAUCAGCACAGAAGUUGGUGUCCAUGGGUCACUAUGGUUUGUGCACACUAUAAAGAAAAUGCAGAGAACAAGAAGGAAAAUGCAAAUCAGACAAGGGAGAUUGGAUGGAAGGAGGUGCUACGAGUGCUGCUAUCAGAGGGGAAAUCCAGAAACUCAUCUGAUGAAGAUGCUACAAAUUUGCCAGAGAAAUCUCGCAAAGUCUUUCGAAUAUUCAGACAGUGGCAGGCAAGUGUUUCCUCUUGA